CUGCUCAGGCGCCCGCAGCCGGCGCGGGGUCCCAGCUCGCACGCAGACCGCUCCGGCACCGGCGCGCAGCGGGGACCGCGGACCUGGCACCGCCUCGGACCCGGGACGGGCGCCUCGGCCCCCUCGAAACGCUUCCUUUCCGGAGCGCGCCGACCGUCCUUGAGCGCCGCCGGCCGAGCUCGCCGCCCGAGCGCCGCUGCAAGAGGAGGCGCACGAGCCCCCGAGGGAGCGGUCCGAGCCCCGGCCGCCCGCCAGCCCCCGCGCCACAAAGGGAGCGCCCCCGCCCCCUGGCACCCCACCUCGCUCCCCAAUGUCCUCGGCCAUCGAGAGGAAGAGCCUGGAUCCGUCAGAGGAGCCGGUGGAUGAGGUGCUGCAGAUCCCGCCAUCCCUGCUGACAUGUGGCGGCUGCCAGCAGAACAUCGGGGACCGCUACUUCCUGAAAGCCAUCGAUCAGUACUGGCAUGAGGACUGCCUCAGCUGUGACCUCUGCGGGUGCCGCCUGGGUGAGGUGGGGCGGCGCCUCUACUACAAGCUGGGCCGGAAGCUGUGCCGGAGAGACUAUCUCAGGCUGUUUGGCCAAGAUGGUCUCUGCGCAUCCUGUGACAAGCGGAUCCGUGCCUAUGAGAUGACCAUGCGGGUGAAAGACAAAGUGUAUCACCUGGAAUGCUUCAAAUGUGCCGCCUGUCAGAAGCAUUUCUGUGUGGGCGACCGGUACCUCCUCAUCAACUCCGACAUCGUGUGCGAGCAGGACAUCUACGAGUGGACUAAGAUCAAUGGGAUGAUCUAGGCGCUCCGGGGGAGGCGUGUCACGGGAGUCACAGCCUCUGCGGGGGCGUCUUCCCUCUUAGGCACUUUGGGGAUUUGAGGGGGCGGGAUGGGGGUAAGGGGAGGGCUUGAGGCAUUUCUUAGGGGAUGGUACACCCUAAUUGGGCACCGAGACAUAGCAUCUAAGUGACGUAAUGUCAGGGAUGAGACCGAAAUGUAAUGGGAGGAUCAGCCUUCAGGGAGAACGUCUGGACCGUAGCCACGGCCAGUCUGUAGCGACGGACUGACGUGGUUAGUGAAGAAGGAAAGAGGUGUUUGGGGGCACCAGACACGUGGCUCUCUGGAUGGACCCUCACCUCUACAGACAGGGAGUUGUGCUGCAGAGAUGUUGACCCUCAGAACAUGUCUGAGGGUCAGUGAGACACCCCAGUGGUUUCUGUUCGUCAGGGCAGACACUAGUAGCUCCAGUCCAGUCCCUCUGACUAACAGAGGGGGGACGGGGACCUUCCCAAGACCCGGAGAUUUGGACCCUGAGGGAAGGUGCGUGGAGACCCAUUUCAGAAGGGAACCGGCAGCUUUUUACCAAACAAUUAUUUAUAGCUGAGACAUUCACUGUUUCUAGACACCUUAGCUUUGGAGGCCGGGAGUUCCAUAGAGUGUUUCUAUACAAAUGUAAAUCUAAAACAAAAACAAAACUGCGCAACUAUUUUAUUAUCUUAGAUUAUAUCAAGCUAUUUGUUGUGUGUGGUAAAUACAAACAGAAACCUCCACAGACAAUAAAAGGUGGCAGACUAGA